AUGAAUAAUUCAUCAUCGAUGAAUUCAGAGACAAAUAUUGAAAAACCAAAUAGUUCUAGAACUCAACCAAUACGUGAAGCAAAGUCUAAAGGUAAUAUUACUAGACAAUUAACAUCAUAUAUUGAUAAUGCGUCGUCAUCAAGUAUUGAUAAUCCGUCGUCAUCAAGUAUUGAAAUGAAUGAUAAUAGUCACCAAAAUAUUAUGGUAUCAUCUCAAUCAACAGCACGUGAUGCUGAAAGUUGGUCAUCAACGUCACCACCUCACGCACCAGCACCACCACCAUUCGUUGCCAACUUAUCAUCAAUCAAUCCUGUCAAUCCUUUAGCAGAUAUGCUUCGGAAACAAGAAGAAAUACAACGUAAACAAGAAGAAAUACAACGUAAACAAGAACAACUUCAACAUGAAGAAGAAGAAGUUAAACAAGAAAUUGAAAAAUAUUUGUCAAGUAGAAUAUUUUCAAGAUGUUCAAUAAAUCAAAAUAUGUUGAACUGUUUGAUUUCAGAUCAUUCCAAAAAUUGUUUCAUCGGUAUUUCGAUCAAUAGUGAGAUGUGUAAUGAACGAGUUUAUAUUAAAUUAUUCGACAAAUUAGCUCCAAUGACAUGUGGUAAGAAGAAAGUGUUAUUUUAUUCAUCUUAUUUCUACAAUUUUUGAAUUUUCAAAAUCAAUGAAUAAGAGAAAGCUUUUGAUUUCAUUUAUUUGUUUAUUUUGAUAGAUGAAUUUCGAGCAAACUGCAGCAAUCGAUAUGAAUAUAACUAUGAAGAAAGUCAAUUCAACUAUUUAGUGCCCAACAAGUUUAUCAAAGGUAGAUACAUUAUCUAAAAUCAACAAUAACAAAAAAAAAAAAAAAAAAAAAAAAAAAACAAUAAAUUAAUUCAUUCUGCAUUCAUUUCUGUUUCCUAGGUGGUCAAAUCGUCGUUUACACUCCUGAAGGCAAACAGUAAACAAAUAAUUACAUUUUAAUUUCAUUUAAUCAUAGUGUUUUGUUUGUUUUCUAAUUUGCAGAUUACCAGAUAAGAUCGGUCCAAAGGAAACAUCUAAAAUGAUUCAUGAUCGAAAAGGAUUGAUCAGUAUGAACCCAACAAAAAGUGUAUAUGAAUUUAUUAUAACAUUAGGUAAUAAUAUAUGAUGAUUUGAUCAGAAUAUAUAUGGGUAAAUCCAUGAAGUGUCUACUACAAAAUCCACAACUAUCUUUAAAUCGCAUGAAACUUUCAGCAUUUGUAGACCACAAUUUAUCUAAGACUUUCUGCAAUUGUAGUUUUUUAAAUUUCAUUAAUAGUAUAUAGAUAUAGGGGAUGAUAUUUUAUAUGGUUUUUGUAGUUUGUACAGAAAAAUUUCGAUUUUUUCGAAAAACUGAAUCCAUUGAUUUAAACUGAAAUUCAAUGAGUUAUAUAAACAUAUUAUAUAUCAUUUGGUAGUUAUUGAUCUUGAAUAUAUUUCGACUAUAACAGAUAGUGGCUUU